AUGAAUAAGGGCCACUGGAAUAUUAACUGUUUGUUUGAAAAGGACAAGUAUAGCAUCGCUUCAAACCACAGAGCACAAAAUGAGGAAAAUAAAAAAGUAAGUAGCAAAGUAUAUAGCAAAGAGUAUAGCAAAGAAUAUAGCAAAGAGUAUAGCAAAGAAUAUAGCAAAGAAUAUAGCAAAGUAAGUAACAAAGUAAGUAGUAACGGAAAAUAUAAAGAGGCCGCAUACACUGCACAUGACCAUGAUUACAAGAUAAGAGUACUUUCUACAAAUUUGAGUGGAGAAACGUCAACGAAUGAUCAUCACUUUGUGUUUAAGCAAAAUAGGCUACACCAUGAUGAUCGUAGGAAGUUAUACAGUGAUCAUUAUAGGAAAUUAAAUUAUGAUGAAAAAUUAUGUAGGGAGAAACAUGAUAAGUUAGACAGUAAACAGGAAAGUAGGAGCGGUCGAGUGGAAAAUAGGAGUAGUAAAGUGGAAAGUAGAAACAGUAAAUUGGAAAGUAGGAACAGUAAAUUGGAAAGUAGGAACAGCAAAAUGGAAAGUAGGAACAGCAAAAUGGAAAGUUGGGACAACAAAAUGGAAAGUAGGAACAGCAAAAUGGAAAGUAGGAACAGCAAAAUGGAAAGUUGGGACAACAAAUUGUACCGCAAAAUGCACAAGGAAGGACACCGAAAAUCAAACCAUAAAUUGGGCCUAAAACAGAAUAAUAAGAGUUAUACGCAUUUUAAAUCUUCCUCUAAUACGGGUGUUGAUAAAAAUGUAAACAGUGAUAAGGAAAAAGCAGGGAGUGGUCUUCUUUGGAGUUGCGUGAAAAGUAUGUGCUCAUCGUUCGCAUCUGUCGUAAAAAAAAAUAUAUUCUCAUACGAAAACAGUAAUUCAAAUUUAAAAAAGAAAAUAAUUUCAGAUAAUUCAAGGUUAAUUGACAAAAAGUCCAAAAGAAAUAGACAAAAAAAAGAUGAUAAAGGGAUGUUAAGCGAUGAUAAUUAUUUGUCCAGUUUAAAAAAUAAAAGUUGUUUUAUCUCAGGAAAUAUUAAGUAUAAAAAUGAAUCGAACAGUAUGAAUAAUUUUACACACGGUUAUUUAAAGAAAAACGAAAAAUAUAAUGCAGAUGAUGAAAAUAAUAAAAAUGAUGAAAAUGAUGCAAAUGAUGCAGAUGAUGAAAAUAAUAAAAAUGAUGAAAAUGAUGAAUAUAAUAAAAAUGGUGAAUAUAAUAAAAAUGAUGCAAAUGAUGAAUAUAAUAAAAAUGAUGAAUAUAAUAAAAAUAAUAAAAAUGAUGAAUAUAAUAAAAAUAAUAAAAAUAAAUAUAAACACAAUGAUGAACAUGUGACAGAUAGGAAUAAGAAAAUAAAAAAUUCUUUUUACGAUUUUUCGGAAAAUGAUAUAAAGAAUUUGUUCUUGUCUGAUAAUGAAAAAAUGGAUUAUUCGUAUUCUCAUUUAAAAGGCAGCAUAAAAAAUGGUCAAAUGACUACUCAUAAUGGCACAAACGUAGAGGAUGUUCAGAAGAAAAAGAAGCAUAACAGUUGCAUUUGCAAGGAGGACAAUCACGGUAGUUACAGGGAAGAGAAGAGAUAUGAUGUUGAUUUAAAUAUGCAUAAACGCAGUAGCAGUAAGAGUAAGUAUAACUCAAUGAAUAAUUCAAAUUACUCUAAGUAUGAUUUAAAAAGUCUUAGUAAUAAUGAGAGUAAACAGUCAUAUGAAAAUAAUAAUAUGAAACCAUAUGAGAAACCACAUCAGAGGCUUUCCUCCUUAACAUUUAAUAGUAAUAGUUACCAAUACAAACUUAAAAAUAUGUAUAAUGGUGAUAUAAAUAUGAAGAAAGAUUUUUUUUUUUUUGAAUCAUCAGAGGACGAAUAUGGUAAUAAAAAGGAUGAUAAAUAUACGCCUAAUGAAAAAAGAAAGAAUAAUGAGUAUAGGGAACAGAAAAAUAAAGGAAGUAAUUCAGCUAGCUGCAAUAGUGAAAAUGAUAAGAAAGAAACACAUUUCAAUAAACAGCAGUACAUUGAUAAUGAUUUGCUAAAACGGUAUUGGCAAAAGGAUGAAAGCAAAUAUAGUCAUGAUGAUAAAAUUGCAAAAAAAGGCAUCAGAAGUGACAGGAGCUGCAAAAGUAGUAGAGAAAGUAGCUUCAACGGUGAGCACUGUCUAAGUGAAAAUGAAAAAAAAAUUAACAUUGAAGGGAAACAACUCCAGGAUGGAAAAAAGAAUGGGAAGAAGGACAAAGCGAAGGAUAAAGCAAAUGAAAAGGGAAUUGCAUAUUUCAUAUAUAACGAUAAGAAGGAGGAAGAGAAGAAAGAAGGAAAAGCUACGGACGAUGCACGCAUGCCCCAAAAGGAGCAAGUAGAAAAGCUGUAUUACGAAAAUAUUCUCAUGGAAAAAGAUCGAGAAGAAAAAUCAAUCAACGGUAAAGAUGACAGUAGCUUCGAAAGCUUCAAAAACAUUUUUUAUGAUCGAAAAAAUAGGAAUGUUUCAAUUCAUGAACAAUCGUGUGUAGAUGACAAAGCAAUGGAUAAGCAUGAGGAGGAACAGUUUAAAAAUGAGCAUGACGACCAUCACCACCAUGGUAAAAUACUCCUUAAUGACAACACACAUAUGGAUGGUCAAGGGCUGGAGAGACAGAAAAAAAGUAGUCAUUCUAAUAAUUUUAUUAAAAACAAUGAAGAAAUAAAAAAAAUGAGAUAUGAAUAUAAAUCACUAAUACGAAUAAUAGACACAUUUAUUGACGAAAGUUUAAACGGACAAAGUGUUAACAAUUCUCUUAUCCAUACAAACAGUAAUAGAAUAAAUGAUGAGAAGGAAGGAAUGAAAAACAAUUUUUUUUCAGAGAACGAGGAUGAAUAUAAAGGUGAAGACUCUAUGAAAAUAAUAGAUGAAAUAUCCUUGCAAAAUAAAAAUAAAUAUAUUAUAUUAAAAUAUGAUGAAGAUUCACUCAUUGAAGCGUUAGAAAAAUUAAGAAUUGAUAAACAGAAAAAAUUAGAGGAAGCGAAAGAAGAAGGGGAAGAAGAGGAAGAGGAAGAGGAAGAAGAAGAAGCUGAUGAGGAUGCAGAUGAAGAGAAAAAAUUAAAAAUAGACAAAAGUAUAUUUUUUAAAUGUAAUAAAAAAGAUCAUUACGAAGCAGCUGUAUUCAUUCUAAAUCAGAAAGGUGAUAAUAAAGUUUUAAUUGAUAAGUUCAAUGUACCUCUUUUAUAUUCACAAAUAAAAUGCUUAAUCGAUACAAGAUGGUUAAAUGAUGAAGUAAUUAACUUUUAUCUUAGUAUGUUACAAGAAUACAAUGAACAGAAUACAAAAAAUAGUAUGUCACAUUUACCAAAAAUUUUUAUUUUUAGUACCUUCUUUUUUCAAUCCUUAAGUUCAAAUGGAUGUUAUAAUUAUAGUAAGGUAUCUCGUUGGACAAAGAGAAAAAAAAUUGACAUUUUUUCUUUCGAUUUAAUUUUAAUUCCUUUGCAUGUAGGAGGAAAUCAUUGGACUUUAGGCUCAAUUAAUAUAAAAGAUAAAAAAAUAAAAUUAUAUGACUCUUUAAAUAUGCCAAAUAAAAAAUUUUUUGAAUACAUAAGUAAAUACAUAGUUGAUGAAAUCCGAGAUAAAAAACAAAUGGAAAUUAACAUUUCCUCAUGGGAGUAUAACAAGGAGGGAAGUUCAGAGGGCGGAAUACCGCAUCAAGAGAACGGAUAUGACUGCGGUGUGUUCACGUGUAUGUUUGCCAAAUGCUUAAGCUUCAACAGAGAAUUUGAUUUUAAUCAAAAAGAUAUAAAGGAGAUACGAUUAAAAAUGGUUUACGAAAUAUCUCAGGGGUGUCUUACAUUUUGA